AUGGAAACCGGAACAACGAAGGCAAAAAGAACAGAAAUGUCGAGGGGCAAGUCUCCUCUUUCUGGAUCGUCGAAGAGCAUGUGGCUCGUUCGCAAGCCUUCUGGUGGAGAGGUAUGGACAUAUGCACACAACCCAUACGAUGAUUCAUUCCAAAACAACGACACAAACUCGCAGAGGCUUCUUAAUCCAUGCCGACACUACGCUGAAGGCUGCUGUAACCGUGGGAGCGCAUGUCGUUUCCAUCACGAUGCCCGGCACAACAUCAUUGUUACCCCGCACAGUACGCCAAAGCAACGUGCCAUUACCCCUCUGAUAGGAAUGCCGUGUUUCUUUGGGACAAAUGUUGCGGCAGGUCCAAUGUCUCCCAUAAAGUCGUUGGGUACAGCACAGGGGCGUCAUUCUCAUGCUUCCUCGGCUAUGGACUCUUUUGCCAGCACGGUACCAACGGAAACGUCAACACGGCAGCAUUCAUUGGGUAGCCUCACGGAAAGUAAAAGUCGGCUCUUUGGAGGUGCGUCGCAAUAUUCCUGCUCCAAAAUGGGCAUUCUACCAAUGGACGCAAACAACAGUGACAGCCCUAUGGUGUCACCGGUCUAUCAGGGCGAUGUCCUUUUACGCACGGACUUUCUUCCCGCUACUUCCCAACAAUUAUCGCAGCAGCAAUGA